UUUUCCGUGGGACUCCUGAGGAAGACAGUCAAAUAUUUGGAUAUGGACACCUGGGUGAUUGUGUUCCUGUUUGUAGGUGUGCACGUUUCUUGCGCCCUUGCAUAUGACGACGGGUCUGGAUAUUCAGCGUUUGAAGAUGACGAAGACUCUUAUGCACGUAGAUAUAAAGGAACACCUUGGUGUGCUCCCGUCAAGGUGAAGAAUGGCCAUGUGAGCUGCCAGACCCCCCGGGGGGAGUAUUAUAAAAACGUGAUGGGCACCCGGUGCAAAAUCGGCUGCAAGAAGGGCUACGAAGUGGUGGGGCAUCCGGAGAUCAUCUGCAUGGCGAACAAGAGGUGGUCGGGAAACUAUGCGUGUAGAGAAAUCCGCUGCCCUAAACUGACCAUGCCAGCCAAUGGAGGGUACAAGUGCUCGGAUGGCUCUUACUUCAACUCCAGGUGCGAGUUCUUCUGCUCCCCAGGGUAUCAGCUGAAGGGAGACAGGAUGGUGAUGUGCAUGAGUAACAAAGCCUGGACAGGGAGGCACACCAGCUGUGUGGAUGUGGAGCCCCCGACUAUCAAGUGUCCUAGCGUCAAAGAGAAGACGGCCGAGCCAGGCAAGCUUACAGCGCGCGUCCACUGGGACACCCCCGAGGGAAGGGACACCGCUGACGGCACUCUGACAGAUGUCCUUUUGAAAGGAAGGAGUCCUGGCUCUGAUUUCCCUGAGGGAGACCACAGAAUCCAGUACACGGUAUAUGACCGAGCAGGAAACAAGGGUACCUGCAGGUUCUCUGUCAAAGUGCGAGUUCGCCGCUGUGGCCGGCUGAGCCCGCCAGAUAACGGCUACAUGAAGUGCGACGGCGACGGCGAUAACUACGGCGCCACGUGCGAGUUCUCUUGCAUGGGAGGGUACGAGCUGCAGGGCAGUACGGCCAGAGUCUGUCAGUACGGGAUGACCUGGGUCGGCUCCGAGGCCUCUUGCUCGCCUAUGAACAUCAACGUGGGGGUGAGGACAGCAGCUUCCUUCCUGGACCAGUUCUAUGAGAAGAGACGGCUCAUCUUCUUGUCGGCUCCUACUGCAGCCCAUCACCACUACAGGACUCAGAUGGAGAUUCUCCAGCAAGCGCAGUGUGGCAUUGACCUGAGACAUGUCAGCAUCGUUGAGCUGGUGGGGGUUUAUCCAGCUCAGAUCGGGAGGAUUGGACACAGGCUCAUCCAUCCUGGCCUUGCUUUACAGCUCAGGUUACUGUUGCAGAUUUCCCACAACAGCUACAAUAUGGUUCUCGUUGACAAGCACGGGACGGACAAAGAGCGCUACACCUUCCCAGUCACUGCUGCCGAGCUCUUCACUCUCAUCGACUCCUUCCCUCUCCGGCAAGAGGAGAUGAAACUGCAGCAAGAGGCUGGCCAGACCUGCUCUUAAUGUCCACUGUUCAUUUCCCCCGUCCCACACUGGAUCUUUCCCUUUCACCUGCUCUUCCCUUCCUGUUUCCCCUCCGAAGGUGCUGAGGAAAGCCAUGGCCUUUUCUAACGGAUGUACAGAAUUUUAUUCCGCAUGCAUGAUUUGACUGGGUUUUUUUUGUUCUUUAAGCUGCAAUGUUUUUAUUUUGAACCUAGCAAGUGAAUUUAUCCUGUUUUUAUAUAAUCCAUUUUUUAGAUGCCCCUUAAUUACUGUGCAAUCUCAGCCCAUGACCAUGGGGUUUAGAUGCUUUGUAAGAAAGGGGUCCAUUCCUUUUUUGAUUGGGGGGGGGAUAUCAACAUUUACAAGCAUUAAACUGCACCAUUAUUUAAAACUUGUCCAAAACUAACUCUUGGGGGUAUCAAGCCACAUCUGUGUAGACAAGUGGUGUAGACUCACUUGCAUAUAAAUGAAUGCAAUAUUAUAUUGCAUUGAUUGAUUUGAUCAUGUAUGCCUCUUGGAAUUUAGUAACUGUAAAUUUGUUUAAAAAGGUCCUUUUCGGUGAAUCUAGAUUGAACUGCUGACAGUCAUCUUCCAAGAACUUGCUUUAGCCUCAAAUACAAGUGGAAAAACAAGUGUAAGGGCCCAUAAAAGAAGCUGACCAGUUUUAUUUUGGCAGAAAUAUCAAUGUCCUUGUAUGUGUUUUUGUAAAAUCCAUGAAAGCUAAGUGUUGAAUUCUUAAUUAGGACACACUGCUUAAAAGCAGCAAUUCCAAUUUAAACUGAGGUAUGUAACUUGAAUAAUAUCAGAAGCAUAAGGCUGUAAGUUCUGUGUGGAAGAGAACUCCUGAAAUGCACAAGAUGCACAAGAUUUUUACUAAUGGGAGUUUGUGCUUUUUCUCAGAAUUCAAGUAUGGCUAAUUUUACUUAAACUAAGAAACCCAAACCAUUUUCCUGUUAUGUAACAGACUUCUGAUUUCCAUCAAAAUCAUUUUUAAGAGCUCUCCAUGGUUACAUGAUGUACUACAGAUAAAGUAACCACUCAUUUGUGAAAGCAACACAAGAACAUUACAUGUAAUUGCUGAUACCUAAUGGUUAGAGACAUUUUUGUAAGAUGGGUAGACAACAUAAUUGGUCUUGAAAGGCCAGGAACUGGAGAUAAUGUUGGGAGUUGAUGGCACUAUAAAUUCUGUGAUUUUACUUAGCAUAACAAUGCUUGAUCUAGUUUUAGAUUAAACAUGCUUCAUGAAUGUGUGGUGCACUUGAUUUGACAUUUCUUCUGGUUAAUGUAAAGAAAUCCUACCUGCAAUAAGCAUUUUAAGACACCUGCCCCUCCACCCCAAAGAAAAAAGUGUACCUAUUUCCAGCUCUCAAAAGGUCAGGCUUUCACAUGUUUUACUAGAUGCAUGAAUUACUGGCUCCAUGCAGUGCAUAAGUAACUCAUUAUAAAUGCAGGCACAUGAGGUUUUACAGUUCCAGUUUGGAAUGACAAACUACUUUGAGGUAAAGCUAACCUCUGUUUAAGAUGGAGAAUCAGAAUUGGGUUUUCAGCUAAAUAAAAUUUCUACCUUUUCACCAUUUAGGAGGAUGUGCACAGUGAUCUCUAAAAACAUUCCACUAACAUGCAGUCCUUCAGACAUAUCAUUUUAAUGUCAGGAGGAGGCAGAGGUACAGAGAUGGCUACAGUGAGCACCAGUCAUGUGAAAUGCAGGCACACUGUAGGUUGAACAGCGCAGUACUAUUCAUGUCUGUUCUGCUGCACUGUUGGAAAAAGUGCAGACAAAUACAAUGCAGAAAGGGAAAUUACUAAAUACAAAGUAUCCAUGGGUUAGAACGUAAUGCUCAGAAGGUCAAAAUACAUAGAGUAGGAUCCAGAAGCUUCAUUCUGCUUCCAGCACAUGUAGGUCUUUUGUAACACUAGAAGUCUUGCUCAUUUCCUGGACAACCCUGUUCUGACCCAUGUAGUCCAUUAACCAGUUAUAUCUGACUUCUAGGAUUAUUAGAACUUGUACAGUUCAUUACUGAAUUUAAUUUGAAUCAAUAAGUUGACGUUUCUCCACCAUGCUUUAACUGUGUUUGAAGGAUUCUAAGCUUGCAGUUUAAUUGCACCUCCUAGGUGAUACCAGAGGUGGAACAGAAACCAAAGACUAGGUUCUCAAGGAAAAGCAGUGGAAAAGCAGCUAUUGAAGGUGGUGGUGGAAGAAAGACUUCUCUGCUGUUUAUCACCAUUAAAAUGCUUCUCUUUUGACAUUGGAGGACAUCUGAAGUUUUUGUGCAAUGAAAAGGUGAAGCAUUACUAUUGGUAAAAUUGGUCUUCUCCAGGGAUAGCUGCAAUGUUUGGAAUCAAAGCCACCUUGCAGCUUUUAUGGAAAAAUGUAAUUUUACUAUAAAUAACUUGAAUGUUACAAGGAAACGUACUGUUAUGCCUAGUAAAUGCAGCUAGUUGACCUUGCUUUUUGAUAAAAACAGGGCACACCUGAUCAAUUCCUUCCAGUAAUUAAAACAUUCCGUUGUGUAUUAGGUGAAUUUAUUGCUCAUCAAACUGAAACAGAGCAAUGGGAAACAUACUUGUAUGUGUUGUAAAUGGAUAUUGUCAGGUGUUAAGUUCAUGCAUAGCUUGGAAUUGGCACCCUGAUGUUGACAUCUAAAUAAAAUACUACAACAGG